AUGGACCUUCGAUCCGUUUUGAACACGUCUGAUGGCGGCGACCGCGCUCCUGCCAAACCCGCGCCGAAGCCGCAACCGCCGCCGCAGCAUAUCCAACAGCCUCACCCACAGCAGCACCAGAUGCAUCGACCAUCACAGAGUCCAGCCCAGGCACCCGCUCCACCUCCCUAUUAUCGCGAGUACAACCGUCAACAACCACCUCCUCAUCCCUCGCCGGGAAAACCUAUGCCACAGGAAUAUCUUCAGCACGCUGGCCAUCCUCAUCACCCUCAGUCGCGGCCACCGUCGCAUCAUCAGCCAUCUCCCCAUCAACCGCCGCCUGGAGCGUACCCACCUCAAUCUCCGUACCAGACACCCGGGCCAUAUCCAGGACGUCCUGUGCCGCCUCCGCUACAACCAGCAGGCUCUUUCCACGAUGCGCGGUCCCCCAGCGGCCCAACUCCAGGUCAAUCCCCCUAUCGAGCAUCAACAACCCCUUCUGCUGCAUCGGCUGCUGCCGGAUAUCCCUUUCCUCAUACCCAAUCCCCUGCCGAUGUAGCGAGUCCAGUCCAAAGACAUCAACACUCACCUGCUCAAUACGCUCCUCGCGAAAGCUUCUCUCAGGGCCCACAAGCCGUACCCCCGGGUCAGGUCCACGGUCACUAUCCUCCAACUCAGCAACAGCAACAUCAUCAAAGUUCUGUUCCUCAAACUCCCCCUGUCGGCGCUCCAGGUAACCAGCAAUACCUAAAUCAACGUCCUCCCUCAGCUCCACACUCUGCACACUCUACACACUCUACUCCCACUCCAACAUCGGCUCAUCCUCAACACCCUUACGGGCCUUCUUUUGUUCAAGGCAGUAGUCCCGUCGUCGCUUCGCGCCCACCUCCUGGAGAAUACGGUCAUAGCCGCCAACCAUCUCAGCCAGCUACGCCUGGCGGACCUCUUUCAUCUGGGUCUCGACAAACUUCUAUUCCUGGAGUGUUCGCACAGCCUUCAAGUCCAUACCAACAAAGACUUUCAUACACAACAGCAGCCCCAGUAGCGCAAGCACAGACACAGGUACAAGCACAAGUAAAAAGCUCACCACCUCCACCUCCGCCUCCCACCAAACGUAUAUCUAGCAGCUACGGCUCCCCGGCUCCAGACGCACAUCGACGAUCUCAAUCACGUAGCGAACGCGCUCCAAGUGCCUCCGUUAGCCCCAAGUCCCGAGUGCAUUCACUGCACAGCAAUCCCGAUCCACUUGCUGCACUGGCGGCAGCAGACGCCAAAAACAAACAGUCGCACACAGUUUCCAUUCCACAACCGAUGGCGAUAGACACCGAGCGCGCGGCAACUCCUGCCAAGCGCAAGCUUGAGGACCGCAUUGACAGUAGUCCUAAGCAAGAACCCGACGAGAAACGAAUGAAGCCGAGCGAGGUCAAUGGCAACCCAACUCCCGUUAAGCGCGACUCAGAGUCAGAUGUGGCUUCUGCAACUUCAACGAAGAAGCGAAGACGCUAUUCGCAGCCACCUAUAUGGGCACAGGAUUCUCGUCGAAUGAACGCCAUGCCAUCGAACGCCAAUUUCGUCCUCCAAAAGCGACUUCAUUCCCACAUCAACGGCGGAAAGCAAGAACAAAAUACUCGACCAAGUCGUCAUGCCUCGCCUGAGACUAACAGAGCAGUACCUGCUGCUCACCCAGCACCACCCGCUGAGCCAUCACCGAAUGAGAUUCUUGGCCCUUGGGAACCUAGUAUCACUGGUGUAAAGCCUUUUGAGGAUAUUAGUAGAAAGGUGGCCGAUUUCUUGUUUUUAAAUGUGCUCAAUGCUCCUGAUAUGGGCGAGAUUUCAAGUCGAGGUAUCCAGUUUGAAGUAGAAGCAAAACUGGGCACAUUGAUCGACAAAGACACUCGUCACCGAGUCGAGCGUGGUAUUGCCUCUGAGUGCGUUUUGCUAGAUAGCAGUCGCAUCAAGUUUGAGAGCAGUAUGACAGAGGCUGCCCAUAAGAAGAACAACGAUUUCCUGAACGAGAUAGUCAAGUCAACGCACCCUCGUGGUCCAGGAGGCGCAAACCAUCGUGUCCCUGUUGUUUACAAACACCGAAGAGAAAGAGACCGUUUCUUCGACCUCCCACCAGAUCUGCAGGCUAGAAUCCCAGGCUGUGUGCGUAGUCGGUUGGGCAAAUGGGUUAAAUGCCGCGUCACAUACGACCAGAAAACGAAUGAGGUUCUCGGCAAAAUCAUUAAGGCUCGAAUUGCUGAUCUCGAUAUUCAUUUCCCGCUCAUGCCUAUGGAUUGCCGGAUCAGCAUUAACCUCGAAAUGGACUGGGAUGGCCCAUUGGAGGAGCUCGAACAUAUUCAAAAUCCCGGGGAUAACCCUGAUCGAAACAAGGACAGGCUGAGCUAUACGCAAGGCCCUUACCAGAUCGACCUCACGCAGGUCACACAUGCUGGGCAAGGGGGUCGAGCGGAGAAGAACCACGAACUUGAGAUCGAACUAGAUCCAAAAUUACUCAUCGACCAAGGCCGGAAAGCUGCCGGUGGUGCGGCACAUCGUUAUCCAGAGCUGGUUGAAGGUUUCGUCGAUAAUAUACGAGUGCUUGCUCGUAAAGCGCGGGAUUUCGAACAGCAAUAA